AUGGGCUGUUCCACAGGGUACGGGAAGGUGUGUUGGUACGAUUCAACAAUUUUAGUUUUGGAAAAGCGAGACCUGCAAGAUUCGAUUAAGCCGCAGAAGGUAGAGUUUCGUUCGUUAAACUUCAACAGCACUUUGCAUUGGCAGCCUGGGAGGGCCAGAGAGGCAAGAGACACGGUCUACUUUGUGCAGUAUAAAGUGUAUGGGCAGAGCACGUGGCAAAACAAAGAUGACUGCUGGGGGAUUCAAAACCACGUCUGUGACCUAACAAAUGAGACCUCUGACAUCCAAGAGCCUUACUAUGGCAGAGUGAAAGCUGCGUCAGCCGGCAUCUAUUCCAACUGGAGCCUCAGCUGCAGAUUCACUCCCUGGCGAGAAACUGUGAUAGGACCUCCAAUGGUAACUGUGGUUCAUAGCAACAAAUCCAUAAUACUAAAGCUCCAGGCUCCACAUUCUCCUUAUAAAAGGAAGAGAGGAAGCAAGAUACCAAUGACAAAUUAUUAUGAUCUGCUAUAUCAAGUCUUCAUAAUUAACAACUUGCUAGACGAGCAACAGAGAGUCCUGGUGUACGAAGGAAAAGACAAGUUUAUUAAAAUAGAACAUCUGAGGCCUGGAGUCAGCUACUGCGUCGUGGCUAAAACGUACGUGCCAAUGCUGGACCGCAGCAGUGCCUACAGCAGCAGGCAAUGCACUGUGCUGCAGUGA